UUCAAAAUCGUUUACCAACUGACCAAAAUGCCGCUCCUGCCGACUGACCCUGCCGUCGGUGUACACUCGAUGGCCGGUAAAGCGUCGUGCUGCUAUGUGGACAGCAUGAACGUGGCGUUCGACAUGGGAGUCAACUUUCUCAAGUCCGCGGUGCAAGACCACGUGUUCAUCUCUCACGGCCACAUUGACCACAUCCAAGCUCUACCGGCGCAUGCGGCCGAACGCCAACUCAACGGCAUGAAACCUGCAACGUACUACAUGCCAUCACAUCUUGUGCAGCAUGUUGAGAGCAUCAUGGCGAGUUAUUCCAAAAUGCAAGAGACUGAAAUCCAAGCGGUUCUCGUCGGCGUAGAUGCAGGAGCCGUUGUGCAUGUUUCGUCAAGGGUUGCUGUCAAAGCGUUUGAAACGGUGCACCGAGUGGCGAGUCUCGGCUACGUCGCGUACGCCAUCUCCAAGCGGUUGAAGGCCGAGUUCGCUGGACUAUCCGGGCGUGAGAUCGCGGUGUUGCGAAAGCAAAACGUUGUACUUGAAGACAUCGUGUGGACGCCCACUGUCGCGUACACUGGCGAUACCUCCAUCGAGUUCUACGACGACCCUGGCUGUUGCUCCGAAUUUCUGCGCUCUCGUGUCCUCGUCACAGAGUGCACAUUUUUAGGCGACACCCCUGUCGAAGCAAAAGCCGACGAAACCGGCCACAUUCAUUUGAACCAACUCGCCCGCCGCCUUGCACUCUUCCAAAACAUAUCGUUGGUGUUGACGCAUUUUUCGAUGCGCUACAGCUUUCACGACAUCCGAAACACAUUAACGAGCCACCUCUUGCCCCGUGAACACACACUUGCGAGUCCAAGUACCCCCAAUCCUCCUUCGAUUGCCAUCUUCAUGGCACACGGAGACCGAUGGGCUUCUAUUUCGCAUUCCGACGUGGAAGACCCCGCGGCUCCUCCACCUUUAUCGACGUCUGACUCGCCACCAUCAAUACUAGAUCAUAGCUCAUCGACGAAGGGACUCUGACCUUCGAUACGUAACUUUACAAUCAGUGGCGUUCAUAUACGCGGA